AUGCCUUUCACUGCCUCGGACAUCUGCAAGAUCAUCUUUGCGAUCAUCCUGCCUCCACUGGGCGUCUUCCUCGAGCGAGGAUGCGGCGCUGACCUCCUGAUCAACAUCUGUUUGACGAUUCUGGGUUGGCUUCCUGGUGUAAUUCACGCCUUCUACAUAAUUUUCAAAUACUAG